CGCGAAGGGACGAGGGUGCCUUUCGUGGGCUUAGCAGGCGACCUCGCGAGGGUGGGGAGGAUCGUGCAGUUUUUCUGUGCACAUUCAGCAAGCAUAGCCUAUUGAGACACUCCCCUAUCAUCCUUGACCAAGUCUUUACUCUCCACAAGUACUGAAGGACCGCUCUACUGUUGCUGCAUGGCCGAGCAAGAGAAAUGACCAGAGCCUUUUUUGUGAAACAUCAAGGAAGGUGAGUAUGAUUGUCCCCCCAGGAUCUGUCGUCAUCACGGAUUGGCACAAGACUCAAGAGGGCAAAGAAUACUUCGCCACUCUCUUGCGCCAGAACAAGCGCAGGCUCUUUGGGCUGACCGAAAGGCCAGUGCUGCCCCCACAAGUGGGUGCUGAUAUUGCAAGCUACAAGGUCUUCGUGUCGGGGAAGAGCGGCGUGGGCAAGACUGCCCUGGUGGCCAAACUGGCUGGUCUGGAGGUGCCAUUGGUCCACCAUGAGACAACAGGGAUCCAGACCACAACUGUGUAUUGGCCAGCCAAGCUCAGAGAGAGUGGGAAAGCCAUCUUCUUCAAGUUCUCCUUCUGGGACUGUGGCGAAGCCGUCCUUAAGAAGUUUGAUCACGUCCUGCCGGCUUGCACAGAGAAAGUGGACGGUCUCUUGCUCCUCUUUUCGUUCACAGACCGGGCAUCCUUUGACGACCUGCCAAACCAAAUCUCUCGGGUAGCUGAUGGGGCCAAUAAUGCCAUCAGAAUGGUGGUUGGCACCAAGUUUGACCAGUUCGCCCACACUGACGUCACGGACCGGGACGUGGCCGCCUUCCGCCAUACUUGGGGCUUGCCUGUCUUGCGGGCCAAGAGCGUCAACGCGCCACGGUUGGCCGACGGAAAGACCCUGGACAGCCGUGCUGGACUCUCGGAUGUGGCCCACCUCCUGAACGGGCUGGCAGAGCAUCUCUGGCGGCAGGACCAGCUGGUGGCCGGCCUCAUUGCUCCUUCCAUGACUCCUGGGCCCCUGGAAGAGGAAAAUCCCUGGUGAAAGGACCCUGGGGUGGCCCAUCUUUUUUCAUAACUUUUUUUUUUCCAGAAGAGCCAUUGGGUGGCACUCAAGACCUUUGAGUAAAAAGGCUUCUGCCAAGUCUGGGCUCUGGAGGACCGCUAGGCCGAAGCCAUUGCUGCCAUGGCAACCACGGUGGCAGGAACACAUUAUAGCCAUGCUUAGGAGAGAGCAGGUCUGGCUGAUGGAGAAGACAGCCUCCUCAAGGCCGGGUGGCCCUCUGAGAGACUCUUCCCCCGCCACCUCCACGUAGCCCACAGCGCCUUUAUUGUUUGCGCAGAUUGAUCCGGGGUCUGAUAACACUGAAUUUGGGCUCUGGGCUUUGACUUGGUAGGAAGAAGAGUGAAAAAUACUUCUGCCUUCCUUCUCCUUAGCCAUGAGCAGAAGGUGUCCCAAAAGGAAAUCAGCCUCUCCCUGUGGUGGAGUCGGAUCGUGCCCACAAGGAAUUGGCAAAGUGUACCCAGCCCCCCUCCUCUGUAGUUUGGUGU